CGUCGCCGUCGCCGUCGCCGUCGCCGUCGUCCGUCGCCGCCGCCGCCGCCGUCGUCGUCGUCGUCUUGGUCGUCGUGGACGUCGUCGUCGUCGUCGUCGUCGUCGUCGUCGAUGGCGUCGUCUGCACCGCUCCCCUGUCCCCUCUCCUCGCCGCCGCGGUGCGAUCAUGGACCGCGCCGGGGGCGCGGCGGCGCGCGGCGGGAAGUGGCGCGGCAGGAGGUGGCUGCUCGGCCCCCUCCUCGCGGCGCUGGUGGCCUGCGCGCUCUGCGGCAGCGGCGGCCUCCUCUGCAGGGUCUGCUACCUUGCGGCCGUCUGGGCGCCCGUGGCCGCCAGGGCAGCGGUGCAGGGCUUCGCCCGCUCCUCCGGCCCCGUGGUGGCGGCCCUGGAGG